CGUCUAUCAAUGGCGGUGAGAACAGUUCUAGUUAGCAAUAUCUCUCUUUCUGCAAAUGAAAGGGAUGUCAAAGAGUUCUUUUCCUUUUCAGGGGACAUUGAAUACAUUGAAAUGCAAAGUGAAUCUGCAAGAACUCAGUGUGCAUUUGUUACUUUUAAGGAGUCACAGGGUGCUGACACAGCGAUUCUUCUAUCAGGAGCGACUAUAGUUGAUCUUUCUGUCAAUAUUACACCAGUUGAGAAUUAUCAGCUCCCACCUGAAGCAUACAAACAGGUAUUGGAAAGGAACACCCCGGCUGCUGAUUCUGCUGUCAAGAAGGCAGAGGAUGUUGUGAGCAGUAUGCUUGCCAUGGGAUAUGUUCUCGGAAAGGAUGCUCUCAACCAGGCAAAGUCCUUUGAUGAGCGGCACCAUCUCACAUCCAGUGCCUCAGCAACAGUGGCAUCCCUUGACAGCAAGAUUGGCCUGAGUGACAAGAUUAGCAUGGGCACUUCAUUGAUCACUGGGAAGGUAAAGGAGGUGGACGAACGAUUCCAGGUCACUGAGAUCACCAAGUCGGCCAUUACAGCUGCUGAGCAGACGGCCGCCAGUGCAGGAUCUGCACUCAUGAGCAAUCAGUAUGUUUCAACAGGGGCUUCAUGGUUCUCAAGCGCAUUCAAUAAGGUUGUGCAGGCAGCUGGUGAUCUGAGUGUCAUGACUAAAGACAAGGUGAACAAGGCUGAGGAGGAGAAGCAAGAGAACAUCAGCAGGGAGAGGACGGGGAUGGUGAGCGAGUAUGCGCAGUUGCACUUUGAUGAGACAUCACUGGAUGAUCCUCCGACUGUCCCGGUUUCUUAUCAUGACGAGAAGAGUAACCAUGCUAUCAUAUGAUCAUCUGAAAUCCAAACAUUCUUUCAUUGAUAUGCAGUAUAGCUAUUCUUUCGUCAUUGUGGGUCAUUAUAUCAUUGUAGAUUUGUUGCAAGAGCCUUUGCCAUUCCUUUACAGUUGUGGAUGGUCUCUGAUGUAUCUCCGUUUGUUGAACUCUGGCAAAAAACUUCACUUGUUUUCUAGUUUAUAGUUUGUUGCGUCUCAUUUCGAACUGCCAGGAAGGAUGUUUAUUGGAAUGAUGUUUACGUAUUGUGUAAAGGAUAAAUGAAUUUCAUUUAUAGGCAUGAUGCUGAAUAUUUUGUUA